AUGAUAAUAGUUCGUACUCACACGGCCCUUUGUGUCUGCAGUCUGCUCUGUGUGUGCGCGCGCACCAGGCCUCGCGCUCACAGCUACGCGCCGGAAGUGCCUGUUCGUUACAGUCACGUGGACACCCUUUCAAAAGGAGUCUGUGGAAUUGCACAGACCUCUGUGCAUUUAACUUAUCCUCUGCUAAAAGGACGUCAAGAAACCGCCACAAUGGGACGACGUUCAACUUCUUCCACCAAGAGUGGGAAGUUUAUGAACCCCACAGACCAGGCCAGAAAAGAGGCCCGGAAAAGGGAGUUGAAGAAGAACAAGAAGCAGAGGAUGAUGGUGCGAGCGGCUGUGCUCAAGAUGAAGGAUCCCAGGCAGAUCAUCCGAGACAUGGAGAAACUGGAUGAGAUGGAAUUCAAUCCAGUGCAGCAGCCUCUUCUGAAUGAGAAGGUUUUGAGAGACAAGAGGAAGAAGCUGCGGGAAACCUUCGAGCGUAUCGUUCGUCUGUACGAGAGAGAGAACCCUGAAACCUACAAAGAUCUCCGCAAAAUCGAGCUGGACUACGAGAGCAAGCGUGGACAGCUGGCCCAGUACUUCGACUCUGUCAAGAACGCUGAAUCAGUGGAAGUGGACAGUAUUCCGUUGCCAGAGAUGCCACACGCUCCGUCUAACAUCCAUGUGCAGGACAUCCCCCUCCCAGGAGCACAGCCCCCCUCCAUCCUCAAGAAGCCCUCUGUCUUUGGGAAGCCUCCAGGACCCCUGAUGCCCCCCCUGCCCAGUGUCCCACGUCUGCCUCCGGGAAAGAAGCCCCCCGGCCCCCCUCCAGGACCCCCUCCCCCACAGAUCCUCGCCAUGUACGGCAUCCCAGCACGCCGCGUGUACGGUCCCGAUGGAGAUCUGUCCAUCCCGGGGCUGGAGAGGGGGGCUCAGGGGGCUCAGGGGGAGCAGGGGGAGCAGAGCAGCGGCAGCGACAGCGACCGAGGCAGCGACAGCGACUCUGAGGACGACAGUGAAGACGAGCAGGACAAGGCGGGAGACGAAGAGGGCGGAGGAGACAAGCACGCAGGUCGCAGAAUCCGAUUCGCCGACCUGGCAGCGGACGGAUCGCAGGAAGGGAAGCAGAAGAAGAAACGACUAGUGAAGAAGACCAAGGCCAUCACUCCUCUGCAGGCCAUGAUGCUGCGGAUGGCAGGUCAGUCCAUCCCGGAGGAGGACGAGGAGGAGGAGGUGGAGGAGGAGUACACAGACAACUCUGACGGAGAGGAUGGAGAGGACCUUGCUCCUCCAGGAGACGCGCCUCCUCAGCUCGUGCCCCAGCGCCUCCCUCCUCCUGCAGGACAGCCUCCACACCUGCAGGGGCCUCCCAUGAGUGGACCUCCCCCUCUGGGACCUCCCCCUGCUCCCCCCAUGAGACCUCCAGGGCCUCCGUCUGGGCCGCCUCCUGGGCCUCCUCCAGGCGCCCCUCCCUUCAUGAGGCCUCCUGGAAUGCCCGGAGGCAUGAGGGGCCCUAUCCCCCGCAUGCUGCCCCCAGGACCUCCCCCAGGCCGACCUCCGGGACCCCCUCCAGGCCCCCCUCCAGGUCUGCCUCCUGGCCCCCCACCACGAGGCCCCCCGCCCAGACUCCCACCCCCAGCUCCACCAGGUAUGCCCCCUCCCCCGCCACGUUCAGGGGGCCCUCAGCGCCCCAUGGGCCCCCCCCUCUCCCUGUUCCCUCCCCCUCUCGCCGCCAACGUCCUGAGUGCCCCUCCCAGCAUCGUGCAGCGACAGAAGGCUUCAGGCUCCGCAACAGGAGGCCCCGACCCCCCCCAGAGCAACAUGAGGCCGGGCGGGAUCCAAAUGCCCCCUCCCCCUGGCACCGCAGGCGCCACCAUCGAGAAGCGAGCAAACCUCACGGCGCCCACGGUGGGAGGAGCCGCCGCCACCAUCUCAGCCAAGCCUCAGAUCAUCAACCCCAAAGCGGAGGUCACUCGCUUCGUGCCCACGGCCCUCAGGGUCCGCAGGGACAAGAUAGGGUCAGGGCCAGGGCCCAUGGACCGGGGUCAUGGAGCACGCAGCAGGAACGAGCACAUGACGGGCCACGCCCACAAGCACCACGCGCCCGCAGCCGCCAUGAUGAAGCCCUCGCAGAUGGGCGCCGUGGCUCCACCCAACAUGAAGACCAAGGACCAGGUGUACGAGGCCUUCAUGAGGGAGAUGGAGGGACUGCUUUAA